UUUCUCUGUUCUUUUCUUCCCCCGUCGACGACUUUUCUUCUCGAUCUCUCGCUAGUCUUCCCGACUCGAGCUACUCGAAGCGCACUAGCCAAAACCAGAUAGCGAACCCUAGUAACCCAGUGGUGAUCUUUGGAGCGGCCAUGACGGUGGAUCAGAAGCAGGCCAUGCCGAUGCAGGCGCAGGCCCUGCAGCCCGGAAGAACAUUUGGAGCAGAGGGCAGUACUGUGGUGCUUGGUUCCGUCAGAACAAUAGCAGGAGGCCGGGCUCUUCGCUCGAAUGAGUACGAGCUCUCGGUCGAGCAGAAAUCCCAGGGAGAUGCGCCACCAGUGGCCUCUAAUCUGUGGAAGAAACGUCCUCGGAGAUCACGCGAUGGGCCUACCUCAGUCGCAGCUGUCAUCAAGCGGUGGGCUGAGCACAACAAGCUGUUGGAGCACGGUGCUGAGGGUGCGAAGCGAGCAAGGAAAGCACCUGCUAAGGGUUCAAAGAAGGGCUGCAUGAAGGGAAAAGGAGGGCCUGAAAAUACACAAUGUGGAUACCGUGGUGUGAGGCAGCGUACUUGGGGCAAGUGGGUUGCUGAAAUCCGGGAGCCAAAUCGGGUCAACAGACUCUGGCUGGGGACCUUCCCAACUGCGGAGGAUGCAGCCAGGGCCUAUGAUGAAGCGGCUAGAGCGAUGUAUGGAGAGGUUGCCCGCACUAACUUCCCCAGGCAGAGUGCAGCGACUUCUAGCCAAGUUGCUCCAGCAGCAGCCUCUACCCAGGUUGCUGCAGUUGUCGACAGUCUUCUACCUAGCACAUCAUGCGAGUCGACAACAACAUCAAAUCACUCAGAUAUUGCAUCCACUGCACUCAAGCCAGAAGUCGCCGACAUUUCAAGCUCUCUGAAGGUGGAGUACCCUAUGGAGGCUGGUUCACACAGGUCUGAGAUGAUAUCUGGUUCUUGGGUUCAGCAUGAAGACAGCCAUCCCAGUAGUACCCAAGCUAGCACACCCAAUGUAGCUGACAAGGAAGUCUUCGAGCCACUGGAACCUAUUGCCAACAUUCCAGAGGGUGAGGAUGAUGGCUUUGAUAUUGAAGAGAUGCUGAGGAUGAUGGAAGCUGAUCCGCAGAAUAAAGGUGGAGUUGAUGCCAGCAUGGGGCAGCCCUUCUACCUUGAUGGGCUGGAUUCCAGUGUGCUGGAGAGCAUGCUCCAGUCGGAGCCAGAGCCAUAUUCCAUGUCUGAGGAAACGGACAUGUUCCUUGCUGGCUUCGAAAGUCCUGGUUUUUUUGAGGGCCUGUAGCCAAAUGACUGUUUCUCUUUGGUCUGCUAGCCAUCGGUCCUCACAGCCCAUUCUAUUGCUGAGCUUGUGGAGGGCAAACGGUGGUGAAGGCUGCUUCGUUGGCAAAACUGAUAAAAAAAGCUUGCUUCUUCAAAGCUAGGCGUUGUUCCUUGCUUCCAUAGGCAUAGGAACUCAGUUUGAAGCAUAGUUUGGAGAGCCCUUUGUUCUGUAAGACCAGAAAUGGCGAUGUAAAUAGUUCCCACCUUGUGGAAGGAAAAAAACAAGAAAAAAAAGCAUUUGCUUUGUUCUUCGGACAUUUGCCUCUAA